AUGAGCCACUGCUCUGACGAUGGCUUGGAUGCCUUCCGUGGCAAGAUAGAGGCAGUUUUGCUGGGCGGAUCUGAGAGCUCCUCCUGGACCCCACGGGCCCGUGUUUUUCAUCGAAGGAGCUUCGGGCACCUCAACUUUUACGAUGCCUUAAUGGUCGACCCUGACUCGAAGCGCUCCUUUUUGGUGGAGUUUGUUAUCCGGUUCAGCGACGACACCGACAUUUCCGAAUCAUCGGAACCUUCAUCCAAAGCUGCACCGGGAGGAUAUGUGACAUCCCACAGGGACAUUCGAAUAGGGGAUGUUGUGGAGAUCUUGGCUGGCCAGAUGGACGAGAAGCUGCCUAAGCCCCCCUGCCACUUCACCAUCAAGGUUUCCCAGAUGCGCAUUGCUGAGCUUUGGACUGAGAUGUUCGUCCAAAACGAGGUGGCCGCAGCUGUCAAGGAGGAAGGUGCCACGGUCGCCAAGGCACGUGGGAAGCCUUGCAAUCAUCAAGCCUCCAAAUAUGGUUUCCAUCGACCGGUAUUUCACGACGGAAUUGACCAGUCCUGGUUUGCGGAGUUGGACCGAAUGAACGAGCAGAAAGGUGAGGAGAAAAGGAGGCAGAAGCGGAAGGCAAAGAAAGCGGCCAAAGAGACUGAGCAGGAGGUCGAGCCUGUCUCUGAUGAGGAUGAGCCCUUGUGCAUGCAGCUUGGAACGACGGACGAAGAGUUGGAUUUCUUGCGAAGCCUGGUGCAAGCAGAGACGGAGGAGGCAGAUGGAGAUCACUCCGAGGAUUUACUCCGCCAGAUCCUUCUGGCCAAGCAGGAGGCUCGAAGACACUCCCGGCCCCGAGCAUUUCUGCAGUGCCAUUUUCCUCAAGCUGAACGCCUGGCAGCAUACCUGGAUGGACAGGUGCUGUCGAGCUGCACCCGGGAUCGCUUAGUGAUGCUGUCCUGGGGCCAAGAGCUGGAUCCUCCGAAGGACACUUCUGGGAAGGUUCUGACCAGCCUUGCGAAGCUGUACCGGCAGCGGCAGGCAGAGGUCUUGGGCUCUCCCGGUGAAACGGCCGAAGAUGGCUACGAGGUGCGGAUGCCUGUACACCUCCACUCCGUCAUCCAGCGCAUCUACUUUGCUAGUGGCGAUCGGAAAGCCCCGAGCCUUGUAGACUGCUGCUCGCAGUACUUGCAAGCCAUCUUCGGCGCUGCAGGGCCAGGUAUGGUCGACCCUGCAGUGGCUGCCCGAGUUUUCCAGGGCAAGUCCGCAGUACCAGAGGUGCAAGCCUCGCUUUGGGAGUUCGUGCGCCGGGCCCGCCACUUCAUCUGCUUUCCAAGGGAGGCAGAAGCAAACCUGCAGUCUGCGAUCGAUGCCUCACCUUGGGGCGUGGCCUUCAGGUCUUGGCAACAGCGUGCUGGAGACAAGGCGUAUGGGACGAAGUCAUCGCUGGACUUGCCCCGAAGCGACCUCGUCUUGCCAAGAGGGCGGAGCGACAGUAUCGUCUACGUGGACGGCCUGUUUUGGUGGAGUGCGGACAUGCCGCGCAUCAUGGUACCCGAAAAGGAGCAACGGGCCGUACCAUCUGGGGCCUUCUUCAAGCUGCUUGAGAUCUGCGAGCGCUACAAUCCCUCGGAUGAAGAAGGCGAUGAGAAGCUCUUGCGGCGCGCGUUCUCUGGCAGAAACCUGGCAUUGGAUAUCGGGGCUUCUCCUGGUGGCUGGUCAUACUGCCUUGCCAAAGAGUUGGGCACCAAGCUGGUGAUUUCCUGCGAUCCCGCUGCUUACAUGCAUCCGUUGGUGCGCGAGCUCAUCGAUGCGGAGCAUCGGGACGACUUCCGGCAGUUCUUCCGACCCGCGGAACAAGUUGAAGACGCCAAACACCUGAAGUACAUCGCAGAGUCUCGGAGCGCCGGGAUCCCGAAAACUGAGGUCGCAGAGACUCCUGGAAGCAUCUCGCACUGGCGCAUGCGUGGUGAGGAGGCUAUCUCGAAGCUGGAGGACGAGGCCUCCGAUGAGAGAAAGAAAGUCUCCCUGUUUGUCUGUGACAUGAACGAUGGCCUUGAGAACGCGUGUCAGUUGCUGUAUGAAGUUCAUCGCCGCGGUCUCUUCGAAUCCCCGUGUCUGGCAGUUGUUACCUUUAAGAACACAUGCCGCUCAAAGCGGGAGUUUCGUGAGCGCAAGAGGACCAUGAUGGAGCGACUUAAGCAGGCCUCAGCAUUUCCUUGGAUUGGGAGCUGCACACCAGCCGGAGACCACGACAGCUCGGCGCUGAUGAGGUUCUUCCUGGUCUCUGGCAUCCCCCCACCUGAGCAUGUGCUCGAGGAAGUGGUCUUCACCUCCACUGCCGCCUUCGGCAUGGCCUUUCUGAUCACGCUCACAGCUCUUUGCUUGUACAGGUGCCCCCGGGUCCACGAACUCGGGAGGAGGAAACGGGGCUUGCCCUGA